CACUCACCAUCCCAUCCCCGUUCUCCACCCUUUUCAAAAUGGACGGAAAACGGGCGCCCCUUUUUCUCUGCAUUUUCCUUUCUCUCUCCUCCGCCAUUGCUCUUCCCUACCAAAGCUUCGUGCUCACCUCCCUCCCCCAACCGCAGACACAAGCUCUCUACCAAUCUGACUCAUCCGACCUACUCCAAACUCUGCCACUUCACGAUUCCGAUUUUGAACUCGAUCUACACCAUGUCGACAAUCUCUCUCCUGCGCAGGACUCCACGGCAGAAUCUCUAUUCAAACUCCGCCUCCGCCGCGACGCACUCAGGGCGAACUCGCUCUCUCACCUCGCCUCCUCCGCCGCGAACAGAGGCGCCAACGGCUUCAGCAGCUCGGUCAUAUCUGGACUCGCGCAGGGAAGCGGCGAAUACUUCACGCGCAUCGGCCUCGGAACCCCGGCGAGGUAUGUCUACAUGGUGCUCGACACCGGCAGCGACGUCGUCUGGAUCCAGUGCUCUCCCUGCCGGAAAUGCUACAGCCAGUCCGAUCCGGUCUUCGAUCCGACGAAAUCGACUUCUUUCUCCGCAGUUUCCUGCUCCUCGCCGCUCUGCCGCCGCCUCGAUUCCCCAGGCUGCAGCAAUCGGAAUAAGAAAUGCCUCUACCAGGUUUCCUACGGGGACGGAUCGUUCACCGUCGGCGAAUUCUCUGUUGAAACGCUGACGUUUCGUAAAUCUAGAGUGAAGAACAUCGCCCUAGGCUGCGGCCACGACAAUGAGGGGCUAUUCAUCGGCGCCGCCGGUUUGCUAGGGCUCGGCCGUGGGAAAUUGUCGUUUCCUACUCAAGCCGGCCGUCGAUUCGCUAAAAAAUUCUCCUACUGCUUGGUCGACAGAACGGCGUCGUCCAAGCCGUCCUCGAUGCUCUUCGGUGCGGCCGCGGUGCCACGAACUGCCGUCUUCACUCCGCUGGUGACAAAUCCGAAGCUCGACACGUUCUAUUACGUUAAUUUGAACGGAAUUUCCGUCGGCGGCGCACGCGUCCCCGGCAUUACGGCGACGCUUUUCAAAAUCGACGCCAGCGGCAACGGCGGCGUGAUUGUGGAUUCGGGGACGUCGGUGACCCGGCUGACCCGACCCGCUUACGUUGCUCUAAGGAACGCGUUCCGGAGCGGGGCUUCGAAUCUGAAGCGGGCACCGGAUUUCUCUCUCUUCGAUACGUGCUUCGAUCUGUCAGGGAAGACGGAGGUGAAGGUACCGACUGUGGUGCUGCAUUUCGCCGGAGCUGACGUGUCGUUGCCGGCGUCGAACUACUUGAUUCCGGUGGACAGCGACGGAACGUUCUGCUUUGCGUUUGCGGGUACAACGAGCGGGUUAUCCAUAAUUGGGAAUAUCCAGCAGCAGGGUUUCCGGGUCGUAUUUGAUUUGGCGGCCAAUCGGGUCGGGUUCGCUGCUAACAGUUGUACCUAGGCAUGAUUUAUAUUCUCUUUUCCAUUUUAUAUUCAAAGAAGGGAAUUAUUUGCUUGCUAAUUUCUAAAUUUAAUUUUGUUUAGAAAAAGGUUUAUGAUGAAGUUUGAAAGGGAACAGCGGCACAUGUUGUCUGUUGAA